GCCGAGCGGGUGACGUAGGGCGUAGGCGACGUUGUGAGAUGGGGGGAAGGCCGGGCCGGAGGGGUACUGCGCUGUAUAUGUCGUGAUAGAUUGUGUGUUGCGAAGAGGGGUGGAUGGCUGUCGGUGUCUAGUGUAGCGUAUGUAUGUACAUAUAUAUAUAUGUACGGAUGUAUGUAAUGUAAGGUGCGGAUUACUACUACUACAACUACUAUGUAGCGUGCAUUCUAUUGCAGCAAGGGCGAGACAGACAAUUAUUGGGCCACCGACGGACGCGGCACGGCAGCAUAAUAUACUCUGGCUCAGCAACGAGCAACGCGCCUCUCUGCUCGCCGUGCCUCUACCUGUCGCGUCGCAUCAGGACGAGGCAGUCUGCAAGCCGCAAGCCCACCGUCCAACCCUGGCGAUGCGGACACCAUCCGGCUUGCAAGCGGCCUCGUCUGGUCACUCGCAAGCCGUCGUGUCUCAGCUACCCGGUCCUGCCAGCCCUGGUAGAGGACGCGCGAUGUGACUCACUAGCAGGC